AUGAUCCCAAAGCUUGAAGCUCCAGAGUAUGCUACACAAUUCCGUCCUAUAAGUUUGUGUAAUACGAUAUAUAAGUGCAUCUCAAAGUGCCUAGUAAAUAGGCUGAAGGGUCUGCUCCCUAAGCUGAUUUCAGACUAUCAAAAUGCCUUUUUUCCUGGGAGGCAUAUGGAAGACAAUAUUCUGCUUAGUCACGAACUUUUGCACACCAUUAAUACCAGGAAAACGUCUGAGCUAGCAGCUUUAAAGAUCGACAUGUCUAAGGCUUAUGACCGAGUGGAUUGGACUUUUCUUCUAAAAGUGCUUGAGGCGUACGGGUUUACUGCAAAGUGGUUACAAUUGAUCUCUCAGUGUGUUACUACUGUUUCUUUCAAGGCACUAGUAAAUGGGAAAACAACUGAUACCUUCAAACCACAUUGUGGUCUCAGGCAAGGAGACCCCUUAUCUCCCUACCUUUUUCUUUUUUGUAUGGAUAUAUUGUCUCGCAUGCUCACUCUUGCACAGGAUAUAAAUGGUCUUAAAGGAAUUAGAGUUUCACGAAGAACUCCAUCUAUCACUCAUCUUUUCUUUGCAGACGACGCAAUGAUUUUCUUUGAAGCUUCUGAGAGGUCAACUCUGGCAGUCAAGGACAUUCUUGAAAGAUUUGGAGAUGCUUCGGGUCAGCAAUUGAACCUGCAGAAGUCUUUUAUUAAAUUAUCCCCGAAUCUAAGAGAUGAUAUCGCAAAUAAUAUCAAAUGUAUCCUAAGAGUUUCUAGGAUCCAACAUUUUGAAAAGCACUUGGGUGUUCCAGUUGACAUGGUGGGAAAGAAGAGUAUGAUUUUCUCUUUUUUAGUGGAUAAUAUUUCGAGAAAGGUAAAGGCUUGGCAUUCUCUGAAUCUGACUCAAGGGGCAAAACUAGUGCUUAUCAAUACUGUUCUUAUAGGCAUUGCUUCCCAUGUGAUGAGAUGUCUUAAGCUACCUACGUCGAUUGCAAAUAAAAUUGACUCCAUAAUUACAAGAUUUUGGUGGGGAAAUGGAGAAGAUAAGGGAAUGCAUUGGGUUAAGAAGACAAUGAUACAAGCUUCAAGGUUUGAAGGGGGAUUAGGCAUUAAAGGAGCAGAGCUUCUCAAUAAUACUGGUCUAUUCAAACAGGCGCUGAGAAUUCAAACAAAUCCUCAGCUGACUAUAGCUAGGAUCUAUAAAGCACAAGGAACAGAUUUUUCUAACAUCCUACAACCAAGAUUCUCAGGAAAGGGUGCCUUAUCUUGGGGUAAAAGAGGAUUAAUCAGAGCAGUUUCCAGCUUCAGGAAAGGUUUUGUGUGGAAAAUAGGAAUGGGGAGCAAAGUAGCAGCAGUUUCUGACGCCUGGGUAAAUGGCAAAAUGCCUGAAAUUAGAAGUAACCACACAAUUACAGCAGCAAGAAACUUAAGAGUGUCAGACCUUAUUGAUCAGAAUACAAUGAGCUGGAAUGGAGUGGAGAUUGCUAAAUGGUUUGAGGAGAGAGAUGCAAAAGAGAUAAUAGCUCUGGAAUUUCCAGACUCGGAGCAGCAGGACAGACAGUAUUGGAAGUAUACACCAAAUGGUAAGUUCACAGUCAAAUCAGGCUAUAAAUUCUUAAGGAAUCAGCAGCAGGGAAGCAAUGAAACUAAUCUUACUACUGCAGAACAGGGAAGUUUCUUUAGGAUAGUUUGGAGGCUUCAAAUCCCACAAAAAUGGAAAAUUUUUAUUUGGAAACUUUACCAUGGGGGUAUUGCUGCUAAAGAGAAUCUCUCAAAUAGGGGAAUAGCUCUUAAUACUUCUUGUGAUGUUUGUGGGGAAAUAGAAUCAAUGCAACACAUUUUUAGGGACUGUGAGAUUGCAAGGGAUUCAUGGGGUGAUAGUAUUAUUAACCCAACUGUGAAUUUAAUUGAUGACACUCCUCUAAAGGAAUGGAUUCAGACCCAAAUCCUUCUGUUAUAUAGCAAGGAUGGAAUUAAUAGUUUAAAUAUCAAGACUCUUAUUAUUACUCUUUGGAGUUUAUGGGUUUCUAGAAAUGGUAGAGUCUUUAGAAAUGAAGCUGGUGGUCCUGCAAUGGUAAGAAGAAAUAUACUUCUGUGUAGGGAGCAACUACAAUGUUUUGAAAGUAAAGAGAAUGUGGUUUUGGGAAAUCAUGAACCUCUUUACCCACCUGGUUUUCUGGCUGCUAAUCUGGGUAAUUUUAACCAUGGAACUUAUGAUGUUCAUAUCCAAAUUGAUGGAUCGUGGGAGAAACAUGAAAGAGAAUGGGUACUGGUUGGACCUUUACUCACAACAAUAGGGAUGUUAUAUAUGAUGGAGGAGGAAACUAUGGAAUGGUGGAGUCAGCUUUCUGUGCAGAGGCAAGAGCUUGCCUAG